CCCGUCUAGCCCACCCGGCCCAUACUCUUCAUACCCAAAAAAAAAACAGAAGGUGUCUUUUGUGUUCUAAAUUUCUGCUCCAGGCGCCGCUCCAGCCUCCUCUCCUUUGCUCUGUAGCUAUUUUAGCCUUACAAUUUUAGUGGCCGGGCAGCUUGCAAUCUUGUGUAGACAGAUAUCUGUCUUUGUUUGAAAUGGGUUGGAAAGCGGCUGAGAAACUCAUUAGGCACUGGAAGGUUCUCAGAGGAGAUAAUGUGAUGAUAAUAAGGGGCAAAGACAAGGGCGAGACGGGUAUCAUCAAGCGAGUGAUUCGUUCCCAGAAUCGUGUCAUUGUGGAAGGCAAAAAUCUGGUAAAGAAACAUAUCAAGCAAGGCCAAGGUCAUGAAGGUGGAAUUUUUACUGUUGAAGCCCCUCUUCAUGCCUCAAAUGUGCAAGUUGUUGAUCCAGUUACAGGGAAGCCUGUUAAGGUCGGGGUUAAAUAUCUUGAGGAUGGAACAAAAGUUCGAGUAUCUAGGGGACUAGGUGCAUCUGGAUCUAUAAUCCCUCGUCCUGAGAUCUUGAAGAUAAGGACUACUCCAAGACCUACUGUUGCGGGUCCCAAGGAUACGCCUAUGGAUGUCGUGUUGGAGAAGACUUACGAUGCUAAAACAGGGAAGGGCAUGCCUGAACUUUGAGAGAAGAUGCGUUUCAGGCCAGAUGGAAUAUGUUACAGAAAAGUUGGAAGCAUAUUAGUUGUGAUUUUUGGCGAAGGCUUUCUAUUUGUUAUUUCGUUGGUCGAUUGUACAAGCAGAUGGCUUGAUUUCUGUAGAGUUGUUCUCUAUACAUCAUGUCUCAUCUUUCUAGGGCUCUUAUUUCUACGUUCUAAGUGCGAAGAAUAUCAAGUUGAGGAAUUUAUUUGCAUAUCAACCUACGCAUCUAGGGGUUAUCAAGUUCAGUUUGAGGAGAAUUCGAGAUUGAAUUCUUUACAAGUGAAGGAGACUGAUGUGGGACAAGGAAAGUAAAACAUUCAGAGUCAAGAAAAAGGGAUGCAAAUUCAGAAAA